GUUUCGGAAGCAAUCAUAGAGAGUAUGAAAGACUCAGCACGUGAACGAGGUGCAAGAAAGCGCCUUGAGCUAAAGGCCCAAAUUGAGGGUGUAUCGACCGAAACGUAUGCCCAAAACCGUGGCUUUUCAAGCGCAGAUGCCUACAUAUGGGCCGACAUCAGGCCAGAUGUUCCAGAAGAUUACCCUCGAACACAGGGGCCACCCGAUCUCCCAACCAACGUGCUUGCAGUCUCUCGAUACUGGAUUCAGCGCGAGGCACGGGAGGGGUUGGAGAUCAGAGCCAAGCUAGAGAAAAGGUCAACGGAUGAUAUUGUUAAAGAGAAGGGUCACGCAAACACUGAGCAGUAUUUGCAGACACUAUCGAAUUCGAUCACGGAGGACGACAUACCACCUAUGGUUAGGAAUCAGGAUGUCAGAGAGCUCAAAUGGGAAGCUUUAAAUCGUCGCAUCACUAGUGUCGGGGAGUGGGAGUAUCGGAUCAGAGCCUUGCCAGGGGCAGGGAGGGCGGAGUCGCACUUCGACUGGGCGAAUGAAUCUUAUGCGGAAAUAUGACAUUCUUUGGGAUAUUGCCGAAUUUAAGAUUGGAUACGUGGAUGGGGCUUCUUUUCCAUACUUGUACGAUUACAUUAAAGUGGAGGA